UAUUCUCAAUUCGCUACCAGUCGUGAUAUAUUAUGAUAACUCAUACAUGGAUAAGCGUUACAAAACGUAAACGGAGAUGUUAACGUGUCGGAAGAAAAUCUCUUGGAUAAUACUGACUACUUUGGGUUUAAACAUAUUUAUUAAAGGAAGUCACUUUGUAUGGAAAAAAAUAUUAGCACCUAAUCUAGGCUUAGGCAUAGAUUUGACAAAACAAGGAAGAUGGGUAGUAAUUACAGGUGCAACCGAUGGUAUUGGUAAAGCGUUCGCAAUCGCUCUUGCUAGUAAAGGUCUCGAUAUUGUUUUAAUAUCAAGAUCACUGAUAAAACUGAAGUAUGUUGAAACCGAGAUAAAAGAGAGAUAUGGAGUUAAAACUCGUAUCGUUGUGGCUGAUUUAACCGAAGGUCAAGAGGUUUACUCAAAGAUUGCUAAGGCUACGGAAGAACUUGAAGUUGGUGUUUUGAUUAACAAUGCUGGGAUGAAUUCCGAUUAUCCGGAAUUAUUCGUCAAAAUGUCAGAAGAAAUAUUAAAUAAGAUAUUACAAUUAAACGUGGUUAGUCUUACCAUUAUCACUGGAAUAAUUUUACCAGAUAUGAUGAAACGACGAAAGGGUGUAAUAAUUAAUAUAAGUUCGAUAUCGGGUAUGAAUUUUGUAUGUCCAUAUUUAACAGCCUAUGCAGCUACUAAAGCUUACAUCAUCAAGUUCACUAGUAAUUUAGCUGCGGAAGUAGCUCAGAGUGGUAUUACCGUACAAUGUAUUGCUCCUGGACCUGUUGCCACUAAGAUGAUCAAAAUCAAAAAACCAACGUGGAUGAUACCAACUGCUGAUAAAUUUGUCGAAGCUACUUUAAAAACUGUGGGAAUCGAAUCUUUAACAACCGGAUAUUUACCGCACUAUUUAUUAUACAAAUAUUUUGAAACGUUGACAUGGAUAUAUAAAAAGGGUACAAUCAGAUUAAUGUCCAAGAUAUUUCUCAAACAUAAGAAACAUUUUCUUCGGAAAAUGAUCAAGGAGCAGGAGCAAACGGAAGAUAUGAAAUAAAAGUAUAAGAAAUAAAAGGAAAAUAAGUUCCUAUGACAACGACAAUGUUUCUAUCUGAAUCAAGAAUAAAUAUAUAUUUACAAAAUUAAAAAUUAAUUAAUCGAUGUAAUCUUAAUAAAUAAUUAAUUAAUUAA